UUUUUUUUUUCGUUUUUUGUUCUUCUUUCUGUUCCCUGGUUAGGCCUAUAGACUAGGUUAGCUGGCACAAAAUGGCUACUACUCUUUAUUUGCUUCUGCAUUUUUUUCUUUUCUCGGCUUUACACGGUUUAACUUAUGCCUCAACACCCCCAACAGUGUAUCUCAUCCGUCAUGGCGAAAAGCCAGACGAUCCACUAGAUAGUGGACUAAACGCAGAUGGCUGGAAACGAGCUGAAUGCGUCCGGAGCGUGUUCGGAGAAGACUCUCCCUACGAUAUUGGCUAUAUAAUGGCACCACAUAUUAGUAAAAAAGGAGAACACAGACGCUCUUACGAGACCGUCCACUCACUAGCAACAGACCUCGGUCUAACCGUCGACACCUCCUGCAAGCGGAACAAAGUCUACUGCGUGGCAGAAGCAGUCAGCGACUAUGAGGGACCCGGCAAUAUCUUGAUUUCCUGGCGACAUGGAAAGAUGAGAGAGUUGGUUCAGGCGUUGGGGUAUGAUGAUCCGCCUGAAUAUCCUGAGGAUCGGUUUGAUCUGAUCUGGACCAUUCCGUACCCGUAUGACAAUAUCACGGACAUCCGGAGUGAGGAUUGUCCGGUGUUAGAUGUGCCUGAGGAUUUGACGGUUGAGCUCUAAUAAUUCAUUGCGUGUUGUUACGCCUUUUAUACCCAUAAGCGAUGUCAUAGGUGGUUAUAUGCUACAUGGCUGGAACCAGUAGCCUGGAUUUAGAUGCAGUACAGGAAAUGGGUACAGGGUAUGGGAAAGGCUUUUCCUAAAUAUAUGUCACCACACCCUUUACUAGUUAAGGUGUGGAAGGUACAGCCGGGUGUUCUCGCUUUGGAGGCAUAUGCAUCCUAAGACGGGAUUGGAUUGAAUUUAUAGCGGGAUGCCAAUUGCGUCAUGGGUUUGUGUUGAACUAAGAGGUAGAAUGUCUUUUUGCUCUCUUUUAUCUCAGGAAGGAAGAGUUGGAUCAAUAAUGUGUUUAUUUUCGACCUAUUGUUAGGCUGUCAUGUAUAACAUAAUAGAAUUAUG